AUGCCUCCUUUUCACUUAUUAAAACUAUACACUCUCAUAUGUGGGGUCAUCGUACCUUACAUAGGAAUUGUGAAUGGAGAAAAGGCCAUCGAAAAUUCACCCUCGGGCGGCUAUGCCCCCAUCAAGGAAGAUUGUCCGGCUGACUUCAAAAUCAAUAUCAACUACACAGCAAUCAUGAGUGAGGGCGAAGCGUCAUAUGUUCAAGAAAAAGCCUCAAACUCGGUGCAAGGAUGGGCCGAAUACCUCACAAGGGCGAAUUUGACGGAUUUCGAUGUAGCUGAUUUCCUAUCACAAGCUACAUCAACUGAAGGCAACGCUUUGGCUGGCAAAACUUUACCAAACAUUGGAUUUGCCGCAAGUGGAGGUGGACAUCGGGCUAUGUUAUACUCUGCAUCAAUAUUGGCAGCUUUUGAUGGGAGGGAUAGUGACGCGAGAGAUUCUAGGACAGGAGGGAUCCUUCAGUUGAUGAAUUAUAUCUCUGGCCUCUCAGGAGGAGCCUGGAUGCUUGGAUCUUGGGCUGCCGCAGACUUUCCGGACUUUCAAUCUAUGCAAAACUCAUCCUGGAAGUUGACGGGCGAUGAGAGAUAUAUCAAGAUGGAAAUUGGUCAGGAAUAUCCAGCCAUAUCGACCGACAUCAAAAGAAAGAAGCAUGCAGGUUUUCCAGUUAGUGUGGUAGAGCGCUUUUUACUCAUCAUACUUUGUCGAACUGCAUUCGUGACACUGGCAGAUAUCAUUGCUAAUCAAACGGAUCCGCGAAAAUUUGCAAUCAGCUUGUGGGGUCGAUUUGUGGCUGGAAAAUUGAUCGAUGCUCCUAACGAAGCCCAAAAAGUUUUGUUCACUUCGAUCAAAGAAACAAAGGCCUACCAAGCCCGAGAGGUGCCUUUUCCGAUCCUCAUUGCGGUAUCUCGGUCUGGUCAGAGCUUGACGUUAGAUAGUGCGAUAUAUGAAUUUACACCCGAGGACUUCUCGGUAUCACAUCCAGGACUGAAUAGCUCAAUCCCAAUGAAGUAUCUUGGAACACGCCCACCAACUUUGGCUGAUGAUGACCCAGAAUGUGUAGAAGGCUUUGACAACAUUGGAUUUGUGCUUGGCUUAACGAGUAAUAUUUUCACCACCCGAGAUUCUUCUGGAGGAUCCAACUCAGUUUGGUCCAAGAUCACGCAUACGUUGGGAACCCAGUCUAUCUACGAAGGAUUGGUACCUAAUCCCUUUCAAGGAUUUGGUGAAUCGAAUACUUUCCCAGACCACGAUACCGAUACUCUAAUGCUAGCCGAUGGAGGAUUCGCCGGAGAAAAGCUACCCCUAUUCCCAUUGAUACAUCGGAAUCUAGAUGUAAUUUUUGCAAGUGAUGCUAGCGUUGAUGGUGGAACACAUCCGUUAUCGGAAGAAGGAGGAUAUCCAAAUGGUACAUCUCUGUAUAUGACUUACUUGAAGACUCAACAGCCUCAAUACCACGGCUACCGUUUUCCAGAAAUCCCCAACGCUCUGAACGGAACAUUUGCGGAACGCGGAUAUAACAAACGCCCAACCUUCUUUGGAUGUAAUGCUACCCCGGAGACUCCAAUAGUCGUAUAUCUGCCUAACUACUUUGUCGUAGCACCAACCAAUAUGACGACUCGAAAAAUUACCUUCACGGAUGAACAAAUCAAAGGAUUCUUUAGAAAUGGUCAUGCUAUUGCAACUCAAGCUCUUUCCAAAUUACAGAAUGGUGAAAAUGGUACAAAGGGAAACCAAACUCUCACAUCGGUUGAUUGGCCGUCAUGUUUGGCAUGUGCUUUGAUUGAUCGUCAGAAUACCCGGAACGGAAAAGAAAGGACCCCGCAGUGUCAACAAUGUUUCCAAAACUAUUGCGGAUGA